AGGUUUCAGGAAUGAGGAAGUCACCAUUACUCAGGCUAGCGCGAAAUUUCGAAGUUGUCAAAGCGAUUAAACGACAUGGCUGAAAAUUAUCCGAAGUCCAAACUUAAACGAAAGAAACCCGCUGCCCAAAAGCUCCUCCCGGAAAUAUCCUCCAGGGACACAGUGAAGAGAGCUCAUCUAAGUCUGUUCUCCAGUGACAUUACAGCAGAGACUGACAGGUCAGUGGUUCCUGCAGCUGCGUGGUGGAACAGAGAGCAGCUGCCUGAUGUGGAGAGUCUGUGGGCUCACACACUGAAGUCUGCUCUGCCGUACCUGGAGAAACAGCACUGGGACCUUGUUCCUGAUCUUCCACAUCCAACUACAGCGAGACCUGCACUGAAGUUAGAUGAACAGCGGUGCUGUGACCUCAGUGAAGAGGUUGCUCCCCUCCCUGAACCCAAUCCACCCUCUCCAGAGACUUUAAGUCCAGAUUCUCUCAGGUUCAGCUCCUCCCAGCAGGACCUCUCAGUACAGACCAAACCUGUACCACACACCUCUGACAGACAGCUGCACUCUCACUGCAGGGAAAGCCAUUAUAGUGAAACAGCAUCUCCUCCAGCCCUCGCCAAAAGACAAUGGCCGGUUCUCCACAAAUGGGAGAAGGCAGCAUCAUCAGCAGGAUGCUCAAGCGUCAGGGGAGAGGAGGGGACGAAAGGAGAAGAGCGAGAAGAAGAGGCCGAGCCAGUCAACAGACCGCUUCUCACAAACUGGAGAAAGGUUUCUCACAGCCGAGUGUCUCUGCAGAAGGGGGGCGAAAAUAAAGAGGAGGAAGUGAAGGAUAAAGAGGAGCAGGAGGUGCAGAGGAGUGUCAGAGGAGAUGGAGGAGCAGCAGCAGGAGGAGAAGUAUGGCUGCAGAGCUGCCCUAUGUGCCUGCUGGUGUUCCCUGUUGGGUUCACCCAGAUGGACAGUGAUGCCCACUUGGCCCAGUGUCUUUCAGAGAUGAAUGUGGACAUGACCUGGUGAGCCCACAGGAUGCUACGCUGGCUGCUGUCCAGGAGCUACGAGGCAGCCCAGAUGCCCCACACACUCCAGGAUCAUAUUGCAUGGAGGACACACCCAGAGAGCAGCUCGCACAGGGAACACUCACUGUUCAGUGAGGUCCUGACACCUAACAGACUAUACACUGAAAGAGGCACUCCUGGUAGGGAAAGACAUUAUUAGUUUUGAUAAUAUUACACAAUAUGCACUUUGAACACUCUGGUCACAAUAACUCUGAUGACUCGUCUCAGAGGACCCUGCUGUCAUAUUUACCCUCUUUAGAAUCAAAGGCCUCGAUGCCUUUGAUUCCAGCUGGUCAAGAGUAAACCAAAAUGACAAUCCAACCUGCCUCAUCCUCUAGGAGAUGAGAGACCAAACUUGACCCAGGCCACAUCCUCCUCACAAAGCUGCUUUCAUAAAAAUAUAUUCCACUGAUUGAUAGAUAGUUGUUUUCUUAGACAAGUUCAAUUUGAAUUAGACUUUAAAUAACAACUCAUUCAUUUCAAGCCUAAAAAGCUGCACAACUUGUACUCGGCCUGGAUGUUCAACAUUCAUCAGAGUUGUUAUGAUGAUACCAUCACAGUGUGUUAUUUUACUAAAUUCUGUUGAAACCAAAGAUUUCAGUUGUUGAAGAUUUUGUCUUGUGUGUGCAGGAUGCAUGCUCGACAGAGGAACUCAGUUCUGAUUUAAAAGUGAUUCAGAUAUUUGCCCUAUCUUAAGAAUUCUUUUUUUUCUGGUAUCUCUUCCCCCACUUUUUCUGAUGGAGUGAAAAGAGCUGUGGCUCAUUCAGUUGUGUUUUAGAGCCUGGCUUUGCAAAAAGUCAAUAGAAAAUCUUACAAACACCUCUGAAGCUCAUUAAUUAAGAAGAUGUCUUUUGUACGUGCGUUUUUUUUCUUACAUGCUGGGCAAUGUGCAGCAUCAUCAAAUCUUGCUGUUACCUGCAGGACAGAAGGAAACACUGAUGUUUAUCAAGAAAUAGUUCCAGUUCAUAACUGCUACUUUUCUGUUUGUGUUCAGAUGAAUCAACUGGCCCCUUCCACCUCCCCCACCCCCUCUCACCCACAGUCUGUAUGCUCCAUGAACUGAAUGAGACUGAUGUUCUCAUCCCACUCUCAGAAAUUCAGUUUAAAUCUUGAAUCACUUGAAAUGUAUUGAAAAUCAUUUACAACUAA